AUGACACAAAUGGACCUAAAUUUUGAGAUAUUUUUCAACGUUGUCCAUGGGGAGCUUCGCGCCUCCAACAAGACCACCUUCAGCGUUGAUCCGUCGACAGAAUCCAAGCUAUGGAGCGUGCCUGUGGCCUCCACGCAAGACGUGGAAGAUGCUGUUCGAUGUGCAAACGAAGCCUUCAAGACCUGGUCAGCCACUGCUUUUGAAGAACGAGUGAGCAAGCUCUCUAAAUGGAAGGUGGCCUACAAGUCAUAUAUCGAGGAUUUCACCAAAUUGCUCAUGGCAGAGUGCGGAAAGCCACGUGCCUUGGCAUCUGGCGAGGCAAAUGAGAUCUUGGCCCUGUUCGAUCACAACCUGCAGCUUCGUAUCCCGGAAGAGCGAAUUGAGGAUGAAACGCGCAUCGCGAUCACACGUCAUGUUCCCGUCGGAGUUGUUGCUGCUAUCUGCCCAUGGAACUUCCCCCUCGUGCUGUCUAUCGGAAAGAUCUUGCCAGCCUUAUUGACAGGAUCAGAUCUUCCCCCCGGUGUUGUCCAGGUUAUCGGCGGUAGUGACUCUAUUGGUCCCACACUGGUCAACCAUCCCAAUGUCAACAAGAUUAGCUUCACGGGUUCGACUGCCACGGGGAAAAGAAUCAUGGCCGAGGCGGCUGGGACAUUGAAGCGCGUGACUCUAGAGCUGGGAGGCAAUGACCCGGCAAUCAUUUAUUCCGAUGUGGACAUCGAGAAAACGGCUCCAGAAGUGGUGCAGGGCUGCUUUGUAUUCUCCGGCCAAGUAUGUGUCGCUACGAAGAGAGUCUAUGUGCACGAGAGCAUUUACGAGCCCUUCCUGAAAGCCAUGGUGGAUGUAGCCUCCCAGAUAGUGGUCGGCAAGGCUGAAAGUCCGAGUACCACGAUGGGCCCUAUGCAAAACAGAAUGCAGUAUGAGAAGGUCCAGGAGCUGAUGGCCGACUGUGAAGCUCAAGGCUACAAGUUUGCCCUUCCGCCACAACCCAUGGCUUCUAGCAAAGGGUUCUACCUCUCUCCUAGUAUCGUCGACAACCCACCUCCGACAUCUAGGAUCGUCCUUGAAGAACAGUUUGGUCCGAUUGUGCCGGUCCUCAAAUGGUCUGAUGAAGCGGAUGUCAUCGCCUGUGCGAACGGAACCACUUCCGGACUUGGAGCAUCUGUGUGGAGCGCCGAUGUUUCUCGGGCGGAGCGAGUUGGCCGGCUUAUGCAGGCCGGAAGCGUUUUCGUGAAUUCGUGGGCGAAAACGACGCCACGGGCAAUGCUAUCCGGACACAAGGAGUCCGGGCUUGGGGGCGAAUGGGGUUCCACCGGAUUCCUCGAGUAUUGUAACACUCAAGUCGUACACUUAUUCAAAUGA